CCGAGGUCAAGAGAAGUAGUAUUAGGUUCUCACCAGGCUCGUCGCCAAAAAUUAAUGUGGUGUCUCCACCUGUAUCUCAGAGCGGAAGAAACUAUGUCCGAUCUCCUGUUGUUGUUGCUCCUCAAGCGAUCUCCUGUAAGCCUGUUCCCAAAAGAACACUUUCUUCUCUUCUUCUUCUUCCACCACUAGGAACAGUGGCCACCAGCCACUCUUCCUCGUCUUCCACUUUAUUCACGUGCCCCCCAUGAUGUGGCUACAUCAUCUUCCUCUCACUACACCACAAUUACCAUCUCCAAUUUCGCUAUCUAUCUAUCAGCGCCAGAUGACACGCGCUCCGCUGUUCGAGACAACCACGGUAGCUGUGCGCGCGACGGGAUUCUACUGCUGAUCUGUACGUCAUGACAGAAGAGAAAUUUUCUUGCAAAACGUUCCUUGCAUCGUUGAGCCGUGAUGCAAGGGUCGUAAGCGACGAUGGCAUUGCAAUUCCAUCAGCAGAGAGCCUACAAGAUGUCAAAGAAAACCUGCCAGUCCCGGGGACACCAGUAAAGUCGUCCGAGGCAAGCGUGACGAGACCAAUCGCCACAAAAAGUGCGCUGUGUACGAUAUCGGACAUUUUGAAUAUGAAAACACCUGAAUUUCGACCGUGCGUGCCAUGCUCAAAAACGAAACAAGUCCUAAGCGACGAAAUGCCAGCAACUGGUGCUAGGAAGAAGUUGUAUUCCUGUUUGGUGCCCAGCUGUUCUGCUAAUGCAACAGAGGGUCAGAGAGAAAAGAGCAGUGGAAUUCCGAGUAAUUUGUCUGUAAAGAAGGUACAGAAGGAGUAUAUUCCACCUCUUUUGAGAAAAAUACGCGAGAACCCAUCAAUGGUGAAGAAUGCAAUGCUUGACUUGCAAUUAUUACGUUCCUCUGAAGACGAUGAGGAGUGUGAAGAGGAUGCUGAAAAUAUAAAUGUUGCAAAGAAGAAAGAUGAUUAUCAGAGUGAAACGAGAGGCAGGAGCUAUAUACCUGGAACUUCAGCUGAGAGGCGUUACAAGUCAAAACGUGUCACGAAACACAGUGCAGAACAGAGAAGUGCAGGCAACAGUUCUGGGGCAAGAGUGCCGGAUAAACAACCACCUAGGAUUCCGCCCAGGUCCUCCCCACAUCGAGCAAGCCGCCCUGACAAGGGUCUUCUGGACCACCGGCAAAGUGAAAAUGCCUUGAAACCCCACAACUCGGGGGAGGAGACUUAUAUCAAGGUCAAUGGCAAAUACUACGACAUCUUCAGCGUUAUUGGUAGUGGUGGAUCGAGCAAGGUUUAUCAUGUGUUUGAUGCUAAGAAGCAUGAGUUUGCAGUAAAGUUUGUUAACCUUGAGGAGGCCAACGAAGAGGUCACGGCAAUAUUCCUAAAUGAAGUGACAAUUCUAAAGCGGUUGAAGCGCUGUCAGCGUGUCGUCCGACUUUAUGACUAUGAGUUCUGCAAUAAGAGAAAGAUGCUCAGUUUGGUAAUGGAAAAAGGAGACACAGAUCUCUCUGGUGUGCUGCGAUCAAUAAUGCAUGCAGACAGCCUCAGUCCAAUCAAUGUGAAGUAUUACUGGUCAGAAAUGCUAUAUGCCGUCGCAGAAAUCCAUGAGAGAGGCAUAAUUCAUUCAGACUUGAAGCCUGCCAACUUUCUCAUUGUGAAGGGGACCCUGAAGCUUAUUGACUUUGGAAUUGCUGACACGAUACAGGCUGAUGCAACCAGUGUUGUUAGAUCUUGUCAGAUGGGAACGCUGAACUUCAUGUCACCUGAGUCCAUUAAUUCAGAAAUCUCCGAUACGACAGGAUGUCAUGACAUCAAGGUAAACACGAAGUCAGAUGUUUGGUCACUUGGGUGCAUCCUGUAUGCCUUAGUAUAUGGCAAGCCACCAUUUCAAGAUCUGAAAUCUACCGCACUGAAAUUGCAUGCCAUCAAAAACAGUAAGCAUCCAAUCCCAUUCCCUGAGAUUGAAGACCAUCACCUUCUUGAUGUGCUGCAGCAAUGCUUACAGCGAAAUCCGAAAAAAAGGCCCACAAUUGCUGAGUUGCUGCAACAUCCAUAUCUCACGGAAGGAAGGUCAGGAGCUGCAUCGACGGAACCUGGUCUCGCAGCUUUGAUUAACGAUAUCGAACAGCUAUCUCCGCGCAGUUUUCAUAAGGUAGCUAGAUUUGUCAGAGCUCUGCGAAGGAAGUAGAUGGUCACAAGGUGUGCUCUCGAUUAAAUGAAAACCUCGUUUAUCUCGUUUCCAACUUUUUGUGUGUCUACAGAUUUUAGUUGUGUACAAAUGCAUUAAUGUUUUAUAAGAUUGUAUGCUUUUAAUUCUUCGAUUAUUUAGUGUCGUGUCAAUAAUCUGUAGGGAUGGAUGCGCUUUGAAAUGGGGUAGUGUCUAGACCUCUAGUGCCUCAAAGAGCACAUUAUCUUUCAUGGUUUCUUUCCCUUUUGUGUUUUGUUUUAUCACACAGUACAACUGAAG